GCGUUCGCUCGCUCGCUCGCGCGCGCCCACCAGCCCGCCCUCUCAGCGCGCGCUCGGCCGCCCGACGACGCGGGAGCCGCACGCGCCAGACUAGGCUCGCCGCGCUCGUUGCCGCCGAGCGCCGGCCCGCUGAGGCGGCGCCCUCGGUUCCCGGCCAGGAGGGAAUCUGUGGCCCCAGAGCGGCGGCGGCGACGGGAAAGAUGAAGAACGAAAUUGCUGCCGUAGUCUUCUUUUUCACAAGGCUAGUUCGAAAACAUGAUAAGUUGAAAAAAGAAGCAGUCGAGAGGUUUGCUGAGAAAUUGACUCUAAUACUUCAAGAAAAAUAUAAAAAUCACUGGUAUCCGGAAAAACCGUCAAAAGGACAGGCCUACAGAUGCAUUCGUGUCAAUAAGUUUCAGAGAGUUGAUCCUGAUGUCCUGAAAGCCUGUGAGAACAGCUGCAUUUUGUACAGUGACCUGGGCUUGCCAAAGGAACUCACUCUAUGGGUGGACCCAUGUGAGGUGUGCUGUCGGUAUGGAGAGAAAAACAACGCAUUCAUUGUUGCCAGCUUUGAAAAUGAGGAUGAGAACAAGGAUGAGAUUUCCAAGAAAGUGACCAGGGCCCUUGAUAAGGUUACCUCUGAUUAUCAUUCAGGGUCCUCUUCUUCAGAUGAAGAAACAAGUAAGGAAGUAGAAGUGAAACCCAAUUCAGUGGCUGCGACCCCCAGCCCCAUAUACCAGAUUUCAGAGCUGAUAUUCCCGCCUCUUCCAAUGUGGCACCCUUUACCCAGAAAAAAACCAGGAAUGUACCGAGGGAAUGGUCAUCAAAGUCACUACCCUCCUCCUGUUCCAUUUGGUUAUCCAAAUCAGGGAAGGAAGAAUAAACCAUAUCGCCCAAUUCCAGUAACAUGGGUACCUCCUCCUGGAAUGCAUUGUGACCGGAAUCACUGGAUUAAUCCUCACAUGUUAGCACCUCACUAGCUGCUUUGAUUCUGUUGGUGUCAUGUUGAGAGAAGGUAGAAUAAGCCUGACUGCAUAUUAAAAGUUCAUACUCAAAGUAGUAAAGUUAGAUGGGCUAAACCAUCAAACUUAUUUUUAUAGAGAAGUUAUUGAGAAUAAUCUUUCUUAAAAAUAUAUAUGCACUUUAGAUAUAUUGAUAUAGUUUGAGAAACUUUAUUAAAGUUAGUCAAGUGCCUGAGUUUUUAAUAUUGGACUUGAGUAUUUAUAUAUUGUGCAUCAACUCUGUUGGAUAUGAGAACACUGUAGGAGUGGACGAUCUGUUCUAGCACCUUUGAGCAUUUACUUUAUGGAGAGUAUGUAAGUUAUUUAUACACAAGGAAAUCUAUUUUAUGUCAUUGUUUAGAAGAAUUGCGUGAAAUCAUGUAGUUGCAAAUAAAAAGUAGUUUGAGGCAUGACAAUGUGUGCUUCUGUUCUGUGCAUAAAAAGGGAGAAAGAGCAAAGGGGGUAUCUCACU